CAACGUUAUUUUAAGGUCUUUCCCAUGAUAAGAUAGAUGAACAGCGAGUCCAAUACACGGAGAAUAGCAUUUGUGGAGCAGUGUUUUGGGGCUUCAGGACAGCCUUUGAAAGUACCAGGCAGAGUAUUGGUAGGAGAGGGAGUUCUGACCAAGCUGUGUCGCAAACGACCCAAACCUAGACAAUUCUUCCUCUUCAAUGAUAUACUUGUGUAUGGUAAUAUUCUGAUCAGUAAAAAAAAGUAUAACCAGCAACACAUCAUUUCACUAGAGGAUGUCAAAUUAGAAAAUGUAGAAGAUGAAAUCACCCUUGCUGACCUUGCCUUGCGGAAUGGAUGGAAAAUCAUCAGUCCAAAAAAGUCUUUUGUAGUGUACGCAGCCACAACUACAGAAAAAACACAAUGGAUGUCCCAUAUAAAAAAAUGUGUCAACGAUCUUCUACUCAAACGGGGAAUAACUCAGGACACAGCCAAUGAUUCUCCAGUGUGGGUACCAGAUGAUGAAGCCACUGUCUGUAUGCAUUGUAAUAAAUACCAGUUCUCUGUGAUAAACAGGAGGCACCAUUGUAGGAAGUGUGGGAAGGUGGUGUGUGGUCCCUGCUCCAAUCAGAAGUGGCUCCUGCCACAGCAAUCCUCAAAACCGAUCAGAAUCUGUCUGACCUGUUACAAAGAACUGUCCUCAGCAAAAUCUUACAAUGCAGGUUCAACACUAGCAACUGGGGGAACUGAUGACUCUUCAGGCGAGGAUUCUUCUGACGACGAUGAUACAAACUAUGCCAAUGUGGAUAAUGUAUCGCAGGAUGAACAGUUCCAAACCUAUGACUGACUGAGCAAUUUGGAUGGACGUACACACAAUUGGCCUACACAACGUUCCAACUUCUUAUCAUCAUGAAACUGUAAUGUGUCUUCAUAUUUAAGUUUUUCACCAUUUAUCUGUUACCUGAGGAAAGUGAUUGGAGUUCUUCCUUAUAAAAAAUGUAAAAUAAAAAAUAUUUAAGUAGUUGUAUAUUUAAUCAUGUGACCUGUUUUGAUCACUGGUCAUAUGACCUGUUUUGAUCAUUGGUCAUGUGACCUCUGUAUCAGAUUUGAUUUAUUUCAUACUUGACAGGACAUUCUUGCAUAGUAGGACUUUAAGAUUAGCUUUUAAAUGACUGAUUUUUUAUAUCUUUUUGAAAUUAUGACAAAAUUUGAAAGCAAAAUUUUCUAAAAUACAUAAAAAUAUAUACACAUGUUAUUUGAUUUUAUUCCUUAAUGAACAACUGAACCAAAAGUUGUCUCAUGUGUCUUAAUUUGACAAGUUGCAUUGUCUUUAUCAAAUCUCUAACUUUAAAUAUCUGGAAAGGACUGUAACCUGUAUUACUUACAUCCUUUUGCAUUUGAAGAUUUGAAUUCAUAAAGAACUUUUGCAAACCUUUUUGUAUAUUAAAUAUAAUUGAUGAAAUAUCAAGGACUAAAAAUCUAAAAUGAAAUUUUCAUUUAUAUUAUUGUCACCUGUGGACUAGACUAAGUUUUGUUUUAACUGUUUGUGUAGUGGAAAAGUUUUAUGAACAUAUAUAUAGUGUUUUUGAAAAACUUGAUUUGAAUGCAAACUUUACUUGGGAACAGAAAAUCUUUAUCACAUCUCAUAACCAUUCCGUCAGGGAAGACAAAGUGCCCUUUCAUGUAAAUUGUGUUAAUGCUGUGGUCACACCCAGCACAACGUAGACAGACUGUAACCUGUCUGUGCCUGUCUGUGGGAGAUGUGGCAUUUAUAUAAUUAUAAAUAUCACCAGUGGAAGAUGUGUACAGAUCACUUUUGUGUAGAUAUGUAUCCUGUAUGAGGGUAGUUUCCUAUGUCACAGAUUUUAAUGUGCCAUUGUCUGCCUCGAGAACAAUUUAUUUAUUGUAGACUAUGAGGAAUUCAGACCCAUUUCCCUCUACCAGCACACGGUUGAUAUGUGAUUGAAUUUGAUGAAUUUGUACUAGACAAAAGAUUGUAGUAUUUAUACAAUUUUUCACAAUUCAUUUUUAGAGGUUGGAACUUUGAUUUGUAAUGAUUUUUAUGAAAAAUUUCGGGAAAAACAAGAAUGUUUUACUUCUCAUUUACCAUAGUAUGUAAGAACCUUGAAUCAAACUAUAAGGUUUCCAACAGGUAAUAACAACUGAAACUGACUUUGUAUUAUAGUAGGUCUGAGACUGAAUUAUAAUACCAGUGUUAAAUGUUUAACAAGUUGUUUGUCAAGUCAUUCACCCUUAAUUUCAAAAUGGAAAUUCAAAGAUGUACACAUUCAUGGAAUAGGGUAUUGAAUCUAUUAUAUUUUGAAUUUUGACAUUUUUGAAUCUGUAUCAGAGUAAGAUUGACGAAAUUUUUGUUGAAAUGCUUAUCUUUGAUAUCAAAUUGGAAUGAUAUCAUCAGGUUUGAUGCUCCAGGCUGAGUAGAUAGUUUUCCCUGCCAUAUAAUGUAAUAUAAUAUUUUAAUAAGUUGUAUGUACAAACUGUCAGCCUUAUGAAUCUGUUAACUUGUUGUAUUUUCAACCUAUUGCCAUGUAUUAAAGACCUGUUUAGAGUUAAUACAAAUUUUAUGUUGUACUAUAGUUGUCUCCCUUUACGAAAUUCUCCAUAGCUAAUAGGUACAAAUCCUUAUGGAUUUCCCAGGUCACCAGACUGGAAGGGUCAAGAUUUACCUAUCAUGCUUGGCCUAUUGUCAUGCGCCUUCUGUCAUCUGCUGUCCAUAAUGUUUUCCUUUAAAACACAACUCAUGCACCCCUCCCGUUGUUCAUCUUAAGUUUCCUCCACAAACACCUCUGGAUCCCUUGGCUGAGAUACAGAGGCAAUAGGACAAUUGAUUUUAUAAAAGAUCCCACACCCUACUCAUAAAUCAUUAAUUUAUGCUGAAUGUUUAUUUCUGCUGUUGUUUAUAUUUAUUGUCCUACAUUUCUGUAUAGAAUAGACAUACAAUGGUGACAUACUAUUUUUUAGAUGUAUUUAGGAUACCCUGUGUAUUCCUUACAGUCAGCAUGUAUUUUAUUUAAGGUAAAUCUGUCUGCAGUGGCCAACAAAAAUGUUAUAUUUAUAUCCUUCAUUAUAUUUGUUUUUUUCAGCCACUUUGUGAUUUUGUCUAUUAUUCAUCAGCAUGGAUUACUAAGAUUUUUCAAUAGCUGGAGGGUAGGACAGAAAAAUGGCCUCCUGAAGAAGAGAUUAUUGAUUGUCUAACCCAAGGCUUUGUCGAGAGCUAGACUAUUAGGUGUCUCCUCCGAGGGUAGAGAUUUCUCUGUCCUUCCCUCUUGUUAGGGAAUGAUCCUUUUUUCCCCCUUUUUCCCUUAAAAAUAAAUAAUAAGUAAACAAAUAAAUAAACAUGUGACAUUAUAACCAUUAGUGUUUGUGUCCCAAAUGACAAUUGUUAAUGAUGUCAAUGACCCCCACGUCAUAAAAUGAUGUCAUUAACAAUCACAGGAACCUGAAAUGUCACUUCCUAUGCAUGCAGGCUGUCUUGCAAGGGUAAGAUAGAGAUAUUUUGUGGGGUAGAAAAAGUUGUCUUUCACUCUGAAUAUCCAGUGGGAAAUAGGAAGUAAAUGGUCUGCUUCACAGUCUUUUGAUAUUCUGGAGUCCUAUAUCUAAUUUCAGGGUCCUAAACCUAAUUUCAGGGUCCUAUAUCUAAUUUCAGGGUCCUAAACCUAAUUUCAGGGUCCUAUAUCUAAUUUCAGGGUCCUAAACCUAAUUUCAGGGUCCUAUAUCUAAUUUCAAGGAUCAGAUCAAGUCCUUGUUGUCUGGCAAUCAUCACCACUAGACUCACCAAUAAUUGCUAUAAUGGAAAAUUAUCGAUGAAGGAUUAAAAAAUUGAUAUUAUUGUAUACACUUAAUCAGACUUUAGCAUUCCUAUGUAGAUACAUGUAUGCUCAUUUGUCUACUUUUGAGAUUAGGUGAUUGUUUUCAUAUAUUUCUUUUGUUUUGUUUCUUUGCCUUUGUCAUUUAAUUAAUUGUUAUGCUAGAUCAAAAUUAUACACUCAUAGUAUUUCUAUAUUUACAAAAAUAAAGUCAAGUAACACAG